AUGGUGAGCGCGGAGCGACAGUGCAGGUUUCGCAUUCAGGUCGAUUGGUCUGCUGGCGACGACGAGGAGCAGGUGGCGUUACGGUUACAAUCACUCGUGAUGGUAACCCUACCUCCGCCCCAUGACCACGUGGUGGUAGGCAUGCACGUGGAGCCACGUGGCGAAGAGAAUCAGGACAGCAAGGCAGCAUCACCCGAAGCAGCACCAGACGAAGCAUCAAAAGACUCAGGAGAUGAACGGCUGAGAUUGCAGGAUUCUGGGAAGUGGACGGUCCGGAUGAACAUGAGAGUGCACAAGCAGAGGGAACCGCUGCACGUGCUGCGACUGACGCGAAUAGCCGCCAGCAGCAGCUCGUCCUAUUCAGGCAGCGAUGGGCUGUCCAUGCUGGCUAAGCUGCUAGACGCCAAGGGUGUCGCCCUCCACCGGGCUGACGUCGCUGCUGCUGCUGCCAGCGCGAUUCCCACAGGGACCUCAGGUGGAAUUUCAGGUGCAGGAGGGGGUUCUGUUGGUUCAGGUGGCGGUUCAGGGUCGGGCGGGAGUGCAGGGAGUGGUGGGGCUCUGGUCCUCCCCAACUUCACCAUGAACCUGCCCCUACUGGAGGUACUGGAGGUGGAGAACAACCGCCUGAGCGCGCUGCCGGGGGAGAUCGGGCAGCUGCAGCAGCUGAGGGUGCUGCGCGCUGAUAACAACCAGCUCACCACCGUGCCCAUCACACUGCGGGAGUGCACCAACCUGAGGGAGCUGUCCCUCGAGAACAACCGCCUUGUGCGUCCCCUCCUCGACUUCAGGUGCCUGGCAGACCUGAGGGUGCUGCGGCUGUUCAACAACCCGCUCGAGUUCUUCCCAGAGAUCCUGCCCUGCCGCCACCUGCGCAUGUUAUCCCUUGCCAACGUGCGCAUUGUCAGCGACCCAGACCUCAAGAUCGUUGACGUUAGCAUCGUGCAACUGGAGGCGCAGCAAGGCUCCUACUUCUCUGCGUCCAAGCACUGCCUGAGCGACUUCUUCGCCCUCAUCUUCCGCUACUCGUCCGUGCACCACCCGCUGCUGGCGUCCGCCCUGGCACGCAUCUGUGAGGACCGCGAGAACCGCGCGGCCAUUGGCAAGGAUGAGAGCGCGAUCAGGCAGAUCGUGAGCAUGCUGCUUGCUGACUCCAAGCACGUGGUGGAGCAGGCGUGCCAUGCGCUCUCGUCCCUGGCAAUGGACGAUGCACUGGUGACCCAUCUCGUGAAGUCGGACGUGCUAGCAGCCAUCUGCUCGCUGCUGCUCUCCCAGCAGCCGGAGAUCCUCGUGUCAGUGCUGCGCGUCAUUGCCAACCUCGCCCUCGCCUCCGACUCCGUCGCUGCACGCAUUCUGAACGUCGAUUCUGCGGCUAUUCUCACCAGUCUGUGUCAUCAUACACACAUGAUGCAGCCGGAGAUCCUCGUGUCCGUGCUGCGUGUCAUUGCCAACCUCGCCCUCGCCUCUGACUCCGUUGCCGCGCGCAUUUUGAACGUCGACUCGGCGGCCAUUCUCACCACGCCCUGCUCUGCUGCUCUCUCCCCCUCUCUUCCUCCAUCCAUACCUCUCUCCUCGAAACCUUCUGCACCCUUCUCACCGCCACCCUACCUGCACCCUUUCCGUUCUAACCUCUUCCUUAUUGCCCUCAUGGCCGUGGGUAACUUGUCAUUCUGCCCGGACAACCGCCGCCUGCUGGUGGCCCAACCAGGCUUCCUAGACGGGCUCUAUCACCUCGCCACAGGGGGCGCGGGGCUGGGCGGCGGGGGCUUCGGGGGCGGGGGAGGGGGAGAGGAAGCGGGAGAAGGGGGUUUGGGAGCGGAAGGGGAGGGGAUGAGGGGGGGUGGAGGGGGUGUGGGCAGGUACCAGCACAGGGCGCUAGUGGUGGAGGUUCCAACUGUCUUCUCGUUUCGCAAGGCGGCAGCGCGGGUGCUUGCUAUUCUGGGUGAAAAUCGGCUGGUACAGGGAGCAUUGUGCACGAGGGCAGUGGGGCAGAGGGGUGUGCGUAUACUAGUGAUGGAUGGGGGCGGCAUGCGGGGCAUGGCCAUGGUGCAGAUGCUGCGGCAGAUCGAGGGGCGCACGGGCAGGCGCGUGCACGAGCUGUUUGACCUCGUGUGUGGCACGUCCACUGGUGGCAUGCUGGCAGCUGAGUUGGGAAUCAAGCGCCUCACUUUGGACCAGUGUGAUGAUGUCUACAGGCGACUGGGCAAGCUGGUAUUCUCAAACGUGGAGGCGAUGGAGUCGGCGUCGUGGCGGGACAAGCUGGACCAGCUGUACAAGAGCUCGUCUCAGAACUACCGCGUGGUGGUGCACGGCAGCAAGCACAACGCGGAGCAGUUUGAGCAGCUGCUGCAGGAGAUGUGCACGGAUGACGAUGGGGACCUGCUCAUCGACUCCGCAGUCAAGGGCGGGCCCAAGGUCUUCGUGGUGUCCACCCUCGUUAGUGUCACACCCGCCACACCCUUCGUCUUCCGAAACUACCAGUACCCUCCUGGGACCAGGGAGACCCCCCACCCCCCAGCCGACGGGUCCCCCAUGCCCAUGCCGCCCCCCCGCAUGCGCACAUCGGGGCUAUCCGCGCUGCUAGGCACGUGCAAGAUGCAGCUCUGGCAGGCCAUCCGAGCCUCCUCCGCAGCUCCGUACUACUUCGACGAUUUCGCUGUUGGCCCCCACCGCUGGCAAGACGGGGCUAUUUUCGCAAAUAACCCUACAAUUGUCGCGGUGAGAGAGGCCCGGCUGCUCUGGCCGGACCUGCCGCUGGACUGCGUGGUGAGCCUCGGGUGCGGCUCGGCGCCGCCGAAGCUGCGCGGGAGGCCCGGGUGGAGGGUGGCGGAUACGGGGCAGGUGCUGGCCGAGGCUGCCACGUCGGUGGAGCAGGCGGAUCUGGCGUUUGAGUCGGUGAUUCCCAUGCUGCCCGAUGUGAAAUACUACCGGUUCAACCCAGUGGACGAGCGGUGUGGCAUGGAUCUGGACGAAACAGACCCAGCGGAGUGGGAAAAACUGGAGACAGCCACUGACGAGUACCUCACAGCAGUCAACCGCGACAUGGCAGAGCUCUGCAAGUACCUGCGCCUCUGCGUGGCUCAGGAGGAGGCAGACAAGGCCGCCGCCGCAGCACUGUUAGGCGGAGCAGCAGCAGCAGCAGCGGCAGCGGCAGGGGGGUAUAGGAGUCGGCCGGGGAGUCGGCCGGGAAGCAUGCCCGGCACCCCGAGAGCCGCUGGCUACUCUAGCCCUGCAGCAGCACCUGUUUACCCUCCCAUUGUGCUCCCAGCAUCGCCUAGGUCGCCCAAGACGUCUGCCCCCGCGUCGCCCCUGGCCAAGGUGAUUGGGCCGCAGGGGGAUCAGAGGAGGGGAGCCAGUGGCAGCUCGCUGCACGCGAUCAAUCCAUACCGUCGGCACGUGCUGCUCGUGGACUCCAUCCGGCCGUCCGUUGCCCGCCGGCCCUGGCAGCACUCGGCUCGUCUCUGCUGCUCUGCCAUCGGCGGCGGCGGUGGCUAUAUCAACAACAGCAGCAUGGUUUCUUCUCAUGAAGCAGCAGCAGCGAGGCUCGCAGGGAUCAUCAGCAGUAUCAGCACGGACGGUGGCAGCACUGGCAGUCUGCUGUCCCACCUGCGCCGCCCCCCUAAGGUAGACGAGCAUAUCUGUGAGCCCUGCGACCCUCCCUCUGGCAGCACUGCUGCUGCUGCUGCGUCCACUGGGCUGUAUUUCUCCACCUCUCUCCAGUCCCCGUUCAGCUCCCGACCCUCCAGCGUGCCUGGGAGUCCCCGAAUCACAGGGUCAGCUUCGGCCAUGGCUGCUGCUGCAGCUGCGGCUGCUGGAGCAUCUGCUAGUGGUGGCGCUAGUCCCCAUUUUGGGUCUGCUGCAGGACUGGCAGCACCAGCAGCAGCAGGGAUAGCUUCAGCCGGAGCUGCUGGGAUGAGGAGGUCCGGUAGCAGCACGGCCAUAGCAGCAGGUCUGGGAAUAGGCUCGGGAGGCUCGGGUGGUGCGGGUGGAGGUUCGGGAGGGACAGUGGGAAGGGCAGGUGUCCGAAGGGGAGUGGAUGGAAGGGGAGGAGGGGGUGGUGGUUCCCCCGUGUUCCGAGUUCCCUCCAACCUCGAUCUUAACAAGCCAACAGGGGAAACCUCACGUCCUGCUACUGCCAGCAUCACUCCUGCUGCUGCUGCUACUCGUGCUGGGGCUGGGUCUAGUACCAGAGCAACUAGUACAGAGGACACACCUCUGGGAGUGGAAGCAAGUUUCCGGCCCUGGAUGGCCGAAGGGGAGGACUCAGACGGGGAAGAGGAGGGGCAGGGAGGCAGGAGCACCAGGCAAGCAGGCACGGGAGCGGUCACACGGGGUUACACGCCAACAUCAGCAUCAGGCGCAGCAGGGGCAACGGUAUCGGCAACAGCAGGGAGAGCAGCGGCGGCGGCGGCGGCGGCGGCAGCAACGCUGCCGAGUGUGGGGGCACGGCUGAAGCCAGUGUGGACGGAGGGCGGGUCGAGGAGGGCGGUGGCGCUGUCGCUGUCUCCCCCGGCAGCAGCACUCAUGCAGCGCCUGCAGCAGGCUGCUGGCGUGGGCCUAGUGCACCUGGCGCUACCCUGCGACCAGUCAGGCUUCAUCCUCACCUGGUCAUCUGAGGUCAUGUCAGUGGCAGAGCCUAGUGACUCCGCCACGCGCCUGCUUGCCCGUGCCAUUGACAGCAUCGGCUGCUGCUUUGUGGUGGAUGGGGUGCUGCAUCGCUUCAUGGGCUGCCACACUCAGAUCCUGCCGGGCGGCAUGGAGGUGAGCACGUAUCUCUUCAGCUGCACGGCUCCCGCCGUCCACCUCACAGAAGCUGACAUUCGCUGGAUGGCUUCUUCAUGGAGGGAUCGCAUCAUAGUGUGCACGGGCAAACAGGGGCCCCCCACCGCCCUCACAGAAGCUUUUCUGGACACCGGAGCCAAGGCUGUCAUCGCUCCUCCUCCUGCCGGUUCCUCUUCAUUCCCUGGUCACUUUGCAUUAAAUGCUGCUGCUGCGGCAGGGGCAAGUGGCAUGUCUCCUUGCGUCGACUCGGCCUAUCAAGGAGUUGUGGGUUUGGAUUUAGCGGCGGCAGCAGCUGGUGGGGAUGUGGGUAGGUUGGGGAAGAGGGAGGCCUGGUUGGAUGACGUGGAGGCUUGGAUUGGCCGGGAGGAUCGGGUGUUUGGUUUAGCGGUGGAGAAAGAGCAGGCAAGUGCUAAAGUGGAGGAAGAGAGGUUGGGGUUGUUUUUGAGGGAUCUGUACAGUGGGUUGUUUGAUGAUGGAUUCUCGGCUCCUGUAGCUUUGGAGGAGACCCUGAAGGCACAUCCGGGGAUGAAGUUCUCAUGUCAUGUCAAGAAAAGGUAA